GUUGUCCGCUGCACCGGCGCACGCCGCCGACCGGAGGCCACUCGACAACAUCCACUGCAGCCACCAGCCACCCACAGGGACGAUGGACGACACCCAGCGGCCAUCGUUCUGCUCGUUUGGCACCAACAAACUGUCGUGGACAGAGGGCCGACGGUCGAGUUUGUGCCUGGACUCGCUCCACCUCUUGGACUCGAUGCCGAGAUUCCAGAAGGCCCUCGUGUCGGCAAAGGUGAAAGGCACGCCGCAAGUAUGUCCUGACCGCCCGUCGUUCUACUUUACCAACUACACCAUGCAUAUGACGUGCCCAACGACAAAUGUGUUCUGGGUCGUCCGACAGCGCUUCUCGCAAGUAUACGCCAACCGCAAAGCCAUCUUGGCAGCUUCGUCCGACAAGUGUUCUGCGGAAGGCAGAUUGCUCCUCCGUGGUCUCAUGCGUCCCUUGCGAGUGUUUCCCAAGCGACGACUUGGCGUCGACUGCGACGCUAUCGUUGCAGAGCGGUGCGAGGGCUUCCGCAACUACAUUGCUGCCCUUUUCCACGUUCGUGAGGCAUGCUAUGUGUCGUUGGAGACAGCGGAUGCAUCGACCACCGUCGUGCUUCGACGAACCAUCAAGCUGAUGGAACAGGCCGUUGAGAUGCCAGAGCUACACAAACGCGAGGAACUCAAGUGGCGCGACCGGCUCUCGCGCAUGCACACCCACGAAGCGUGCCCUGACGACGACAGGACGUGCUCGAUCUGUCUAGAAGACUUCGAAGAGUCUGCGCCUGCCUUCACCAACAUCCGCCUCGGGUGCAAUCACGCGUUCCAUCUCGACUGUGUGUCGACAUGGCUCACGCGACACGCCACAUGUCCUCUGUGUCGUGUGAAUGUGUAGAGUAUGACUAGAGGCAUGAACUUCUCCAACGACCUCCACAUUUCGUGGCGUUUUUUGCACACUGUCGUGACAAGGGAGUUGUUGCCUUCGUGAAGCUAGCUCGAGUGUACCUGAUGAACUCAUCUGAGGCAUCUUUAUCUUCUCGGCAGCACGUCUCCAUGGGAUCGCACGUAACCCAAUACCAUGCGGGUCGUAAUAUCUUGCUCUUCCUCACCGGCUGCCCUCAACGACACAUUCCUCGAGAACUUGAACGAUUGAAAGGAGUGCAUGCUGGGCCAGAUGCUGUUAGCCUGUACUCGUAUGAUGGUUGGAAGCGCUGCCGUGGGCUGAUGGAGCGAUGUGUGUCGUUGUCUGUACCGCCAUAGUUGGACCUCAACGUGGUUUCGCCGUGACAUGGCGCCGUAGAAACCAAGCCGUAGUCGUGAAAAGCUGACGCUCCAAGCCAAGCACGUGGGGAGGCGCCAGGUCAUGCUGAGGUAGAUGCCGUUCCACGCGGCGAGGCAUCACCGCAAGCGCCAUCGACGGUGCGACAUGCUAUUUCAGACAGACCAGACCUC